AUGACGGAUAAAGCCUCGACACCGAGACUGCCCAACCCAAGGCGAGUCAUCACCGAUACCAACCCGGACACCGGCCUAGCCGGCUUCAGCACCGCGCAGGACGAGAGUCUCGGCGUCACCAACGACCUCGGCGGCUCGCUCUUCCGCCUCGGCUACGUCGCCGACCGGGCGCCCCAGGCCCUCGACGGCGCCGACCUCGCCGCUUACGGCGACCACCUGCAGACCAAGCCGCCGCUCUUCAACCCGGGCGACGGCGCCACGGUCUGGUACGUCGACACGGCGCCGGGGGGCACGAGCCCGAUGCACCGCACCGUCAGCCUCGACGUCGUGGUCCUGCUCGAGGGCGAGAUCGAGCUGACGCUCGACUCGGGCGAGAAGCGCCUGCUGCGGCCGGGUGACAUGACCGUCCAGCGGGCCACGAUGCACGCAUGGCGGAAUCCGAGUGCGGACAAGUGGGCGCGCAUGGUGGCCGUCAUGGCGGAGAGCCAGCCGGUCAAGCUCAGUGAUGGGAGGGAGUUGGGGACGCACUUCCCUCCGCGGGAGGGUAAGUAG